GUUGUUUAAAUAAUUCCAUCCCUAGACACAAAGGAGGAAUCCAGAUUUCAUACUUACACUAUCCUCACAAAACUUGCAGCCGUGAAUUACAAAUAUGUUUGAUCGUGUAGCACUAGCACCUGUUUAUUUGAUUUGCUGACUCAGUGUGUCGGAUACUACGAGCCGCGUACCAUACAAAAGCAUUGCCCGAUUGCCAUCUACCGCAUUACCCCUGCCGCGGGCAAUAAAAACAAUAGAAAAAAAAACCUUGUUUUCCUACAAUUUCAUCCCCUUCUCUCAGUUGAAUUUACACUACUUUAGGUCGGCCUUGUUUCUCUGUUUCUUACCAAUGGCUGAGGAUUUCGAGUUCUCUGAUAAGGUUCCCCCAUCAUUUGAGCACGGGGGAAAUGUAAUGAAGGAUGCCGAAGCAAAAGGUUUCAACCCAGGAUUGAUAGUACUGCUUGUGGUCGUGGGGCUACUACUGGUCUUCCUUGUUGGGAAUUAUGCUCUCUACAUGUAUGCUCAAAAGGCCCUUCCACCAAGGAAGAAGAAGCCUGUUUCAAAGAAGAAGAUGAAGAGAGAGAGGCUGAAGCAGGGUGUCUCCGCGCCAGGGGAGUAGUUAAAGUGUAGGGUUUCUUUCUUUUCUUUCUUUCUCUAUGUUGAUUUGCUUCAUUGAAAAUUUCCAUUUGAGCAUGCCAGUGAUCAAUUUCGAGACUGGGUCUUGUUAUUCAGUAUUGGUCAUGUUUUAGGCUCAUAAUCUGAAGAGUAGCAGUGUAGGUUAACUGGGGAACAAGAUGAAACUAUUUUUAGAUUUUAAUCGUUCAUUACCUUGAUCAUCUUUUGAACUA